CCCUGGUAGUAUAAGAUGGCUGAAACGAGGACAUUGAUUUCACAGAUUCAGUCGACGCUGCGCUCACGUUUGACUUUUGACAUGACAACCUCACGUGCAGUUCUUCUCGCCCUGGCAGCCUUAACCUUCGCCAAUCAAGCUUUUGCACUGCCUCACCGAGAAGAACGCCAAGCGUCUGGACAUCAGAGCGAUCCACUGUCAUCUCUGGAUGACGAAAAUUCGGGCGAAACGAAAGACCUGGAUUAUUUGCAGAAGUCCGUAAAAGUAUUGGCCGACGAUGUGGCUGCCAUACGUAGAGGUCUGAAGUAUUGGCGCAGGAGCGGCAUAUUCGGAAUGGGAAUGGGGCAAUCACAAGAAGGUCAAAUGCAGAUCCAAAUUACAGACGAUGAUCAUUGGCCGCAAAACCAGGUGUCCGGAUAUCCAGUGCAAACAUACCCUGGCUCCCAAUCAGCUUCUCAGACUCAACCAGGUUCUUAUCCCUACGGACAACAGGCACCGUCACAGGCAUCGACGCAACAGAAGCCGCAUCAUCAUCACCACCAUGUACGUCCACAAGCCACACCUCAGGGAGGUGUACCUCAAGCCGUGCAACAGAAUCCAGUAGGUAGCCAACAGGGCGUAUACGGAAAUCCUCAAUACGGAUACCCACCUCAACAACAAGCUCAAAUGAGUCCCACGGGAAUGCACGCAGGUUUCAGUGGCUUCGAUACAAGCGUUAUGUCAUUUUAGGUAUAACGACCACCGUCCUUCGGUAUUGACCACUAAAAGGUCUGGGAUUAUGACUAGCCUAAUUGAAAUUUAUCGGUAAUUCGAGUGGAAGUGAUUAUCAUGAUUGAAAUUUCUCAAAAAAUAUAUUUACAAUGAUAAUAAAGCGAUUGGGAAAUUGACUGAAA